AUGCAAGGCGAACAGAGACAAUAUUCGAGCAUCUUUCAAGCGCAGCCAUUGCAUUCUUUAAGUCAGUAUGAACCUUUAGAAACCUUGGGAACGGGUACGUUUGGUCGAGUGCUGCUUGUUCGCUUACGGUCAGGAUCAAAAUCAGAUCCAAAGAAUUAUUACGCCUUGAAGGUGUUGAACAAGCUGGACGUCAUUCGAUUGAAACAAAUCACGCAUACAAACAACGAACGUGAUAUUUUGAGCAAAGUGCAUCAUCCUUUUAUCGUUGAUCUUCAUUGCACAUAUCAAGAUGAAAAGAAUUGCUAUAUGCUGAUGGAGUAUGUCGUAGGAGGGGAAGUCUUUUCACAUUUACGUAAAGCACGUCGGUUUACGGUAGAUGUAACGAGAUUCUACAUCUCUUGCUUAAUCUUGGCCCUUGCGCAUCUUCAUUCGGAAAAAAUCUUAUACCGUGAUCUCAAACCUGAGAAUUUGCUUUUGGACCGUCAAGGAUACAUCAAGAUUACCGAUUUUGGAUUUGCCAAGAGUUUACAUAAAACGGGAAGAACUUGGACCUUGUGCGGUACGCCAGAAUAUCUAAGUCCUGAAGUUAUUCAAAGUCAAGGUCAAUCUUUCGCAUCAGAUUAUUGGGCUUUGGGGAUUCUGAUGUAUGAGAUGUUGUGUGGCUUCCCACCUUUCUACGACAAAACACCAUUUGGGACAUACGAAAAGAUUUUACAGGCAAACAUUGUUUUCCCAAAACAUGUCGAUGCUUGUUCGAGAGAUCUAAUCCAGUCCUUCUUGAAACGCGAUGUAACCAAACGAUUGGGCAAUUUGAGCGGAGGCGUGAAUGAUGUAAUUCGUCAUCCUUGGUUCGAAGGUGUUGAUUGGCAAGCUUUAUUGGCUAAAAGAAUUCCGGCUCCUAUUAUUCCUGUUCAAUCUCAUGCGGGAGAUUGUGCGAAUUUCCAAAAAUAUGAUGCUUUCGAUAUUGCAAAGAUGCCCGCUUUGCAACAACAACAACAAAACACAAAAAGCCGAAGAACCUCUUCUUCCGAAGAUUAUAUUCAAUCUCAAUUCCGUGACUUUUGA